AUAAAAUGAACGAAGAAAUUGAACUCCUUCCCAUUCGAUGGAUGGCACCCGAGUCACUAUGUGAUGUUUUCUAUACCUCCCAAUGUGAUGUCUGGAGUUUUGGCGUCGUGUUGUGGGAAAUAGCAACUCUCGCAUCGCAUCCCCAUCAGGAUUUGACUAAUGACCAGGUUCUCGAGUACGUGAAGGCUGGCGGAGUUUUGCAACGGCCGGAAGGUUGCCCAGACAGACUGUUUAAUCUUAUGGAAAGCUGUUGGCAGUUUCAACCGAAUAAACGACCCACCUUCGCUGAAAUCAUCGAAAAUAUUUUGCCAGACCAACAAGUUCCUCUGAAGUUCACCACCGUUUCGUAUUACCAUUCGAACGCCGGAGUAAGCGCGCGUAAAGUCCGAAAGGAAAGAGAAGCUCAACUUGUAAACGAUCUGUCGUCUAAGCAGCUUGCAUGUAGUGAAAUCUACCUUUCAUCGCAAAAUAAUUGCCAUUUUCAAAUUUUGCCGAGUGACAAUAAUGUAGCUAGAGUGUAGAGAAAAACGAAAUCAGCGAUCCACCCCACCAUCCUUCUCUUAUAAUAAUUUGUAACGGCUUAUACUGCUGGUCAACCAAAAUCAAGUACAUUUUCAUUUCACUUAAAUAAUGUUGGUAAGUUACUUAAAUUUUAGAACUCAUUGGCUGUAUCGCGACAAUAGAACUCCAAUAAUUUUUUAA